AUUCGUGUGCUGUGCCAACUCAUAAGAGGGCACUUGUACCUACCGCACCCACCCAGCUAAGUUUUUGGAAUUGCAGUUAACAGUUACCUUCCUUCAACCAUAAUAUCCCAACCAACCCCUCUUCUCUUCCUUCUUCGCUUCUCCUAAAUAACUCAGAGUUUCGUCUUUCUGGUUUCUGCUAAGAGUUCCAAAUUAUCAGUGCUAGAAAAAAUGACUGAUGAACAGCCCAAAAAGGUAGAGUGCGAAUCACCAUCGAAACCUGCUCCAACUGAGACUACACCCCAAUCUGAACCUGUUGUUGUUCAUGAUCUUCCCAAGGAGGAUGUGGCUGAGGAGAAAUCUGUAAUUCCACAACCCUCUCCUCCCGAUGACUCCAAAGCUCUUGCCAUAGUUGAGAAACCUAAAUCUAAUGAAGUUGCUGAAGAGAAACCAAUUGAGGGCUCUGUCAACCGAGAUACAGUGCUCGCAAGAGUUGCAACAGAGAAGAGGCUGUCACUAAUUAAAGCAUGGGAAGAAAGUGAAAAGUCAAGAGCAGAGAACAAAGCUCACAAAAAGCUUUCAGCCAUUUCAGCAUGGGAGAAUUGUAAAAAAGCUGCAACGGAGGCUGAAUUGAAAAGGAUUGAAGAACAACUGGAGAAGAAAAAGGCAGAGUAUGCAGAGAAAUUGAAAAACAAAAUAGCUACAAUCCACCGGGAAGCUGAAGAAAAGAGGGCAAUGAUUGAGGCCAAAAAAGGGGAAGAUUUCUUGAAGGCAGAGGAGACAUCUGCAAAGUACAGGGCAACUGGAACAGCCCCAAAGAAACUCCUUGGUUGUUUCUAAGGAGCCUCAUUAAAAAUGUUGUAUUAUUAUAAUUUCUAUUAUGUAUUUUCUUUGAGUUCAUGUCAGUACAUGUGUGGUUUGGUUGUCUUUUGGUGAGUUGUAGUUUCAUGUUCAUUUAUUAUGUGUGCAUAGUGAUCUGUCGGUAUGUAUGUAUAUACCAAUUACUUUGUGGAUAAAAAGAAAUUGAAUUAUUCAAUUUGGGUAAUACCAAUUUCUUGUAGCAUUAGGCCACUGACCCUUUUCAGGCCCAGAGGGGGGCAAUUUAUCCAAAUACUUCUGCCUUACU